UCCUAUCACUUCUGCGUAAAUAACUGAGGCAGAUUUAUUGUUUUGAGAUUACUAGAGCGCAGACAGUGCAACUUGGUCUUCUGAACUAAUCACAUCGUCAAUAGUUUUCUCAUAUUACAUGAAUAAGUUGUAAUCGGUGGCUACUUAAUAUACCAAAGUUGAAAAUUUUUAGAUAUCAUUUUUAAAAUACAGACGAAAAAAGUAUACAAGUGCUUAAAGCAUUGUGCUAUGCGUUGUUCAGUACACCACACUGUAUAGAAAUAUUUUUUAAUCGAAGUUUUUAACAUCACAAAGCUUUGAUUUAACGUGCAUCACGAUGUUGCAGACUAAAAGACUGUUUAUAUGUUUUGCCGUUUUGUAUCUUCACUCGUAUUUUUGCGUUUCGGAGCAUCGAAAUUUUAAGAAAGAGUGGAAGUUUCACAGAAAAGCACUGUUUAGAUAUGGCCGACAUAUAGCAUCAGAAGCCAACAGUUUCCUUUUUGCCGUAUGUUCAGAAGAUAAACUACCCAGAGAGAUGAAUUGUAACGUGACGAUCGACACUCCGAUUCUUCCUUGGAACGUCAGUAAUACACAUCGCCAAACAUGCCACUUGAAACUCGUUGGAAGCGAAAAAGGCGAGGUGAAGCACGAGAUCACAGGAAUAUCCUCAUUAGAUCGCUUAACCAGAAACAGAGCUAUAAUGGUUUGGUGGGAGCGUCGCCAGGACAGCCAGUUCAAGAUUCAAAAUAUCAUAGUCAGUGUCAUCAACAUGGCCAAGUGUACGACCAUUCACUUAUCUUUUCCCAUCGAAGAGCAUGGCAUGAUUCUUCUGGGCAACGUUGUGAUAUAUUCCAAUUCUUUCGAUGUGACGAUAUCCAAUAUAGCCAUUUGCAAGAAUACUCCUACCUGCAGGAUAACUUAUGACGUCGAAGGCAAGCAAAUCGGAUACCCAGCGCCUUUUAUACCAAUUUUCACCAGUGUUCAUACGGAGCCAGUUGCUGCUUUGUCGCCAAACAAGGGUUUCUAUGCCUGUGGAGUAGACUCUAGAUCUUGGAGGUUCAAAGCGAUGCACGUCAGUCCCACCGGACAUGGAGUUAACCUCAUGAGGGUCACCGUUUCUGACCCGACAAAGAUACACUAUGCGGUUUCCAAUGCUCACGAAUUAUACGGGAUAUGUCUGAUGGAUCAGAAGAGGGCCUUCUGCGCCCAGCUGGACGCCUCAGCUAAUGUAAAGAUGAACGCGACAAUGAGGAUUCCUGGACAUGCACAGGAUGCACAUUGGAUAGGUGUACACAAUCUGAAGGAUGGAGGAAUCCUUUUGUUGACGGGAAAAUGCUCCGGUUACAAGUGCAGAAAGUUUCGAAUUAUCCGAGUUUUGGAUAACGGAGAGGAAGAAAAGGAGGUUGAUCAAGAACUUAACAUCAAGUGCUCUAAUGUGCCAGAUCAAUUGUCGGUGGAAGUUGCAGAAUAUGAAAACGAUUUCUGUUUCUACUUUGCAUGCUCGCACACACUAAAUACAGAUGGCAAAAUAAAAAGCAGCGUGAAGCUCGUCAGCAAAUGUGUGACAAAAAGUGACUUGAUGGCGUAGCUUAUCAUUUUAAUCGUGUUUAAUUGAUUGAGAAAUCAUGUAUUUGUUGGUUAUUUUCAUUUUUAUUGAGUCAUUAGAGAAGUGAUGCGUUAGAUUUUAACUUAUUGGUUACGCCGAUUAUAGUGACUUAUUUUUGACUAGACUGCGUGUUAUAGUACUUUAAGGUUUAGCAUACCUAAGCAAGUUGGAAAAAUGUUUUUAGGUAUUCGAAUAAUGAGAUAAUUUUUUUUAUGUAUGGACUCUGUGCAUAAAUUAAUGUUUAUAAUGGUUAUUUUACAAUAAAAGCAUUUUAACAAAAUGGUUUUAUAUGAGACACUUUGGUAUAUGAAGUGCGGUUUACACUGAAAAAAAAACACAGCCAUUUUAACUGAACUCGCACCAGUAAUCUGUCAUUGUACGAAGACUCGCCAAAAUGAUCGUAGUUUUUGCUGUUGUCCCGCGUAAGCGACCAAUUUUACGAGUCGCGACUCGCCAAAACUACCAGUGGCACACCGUUGUUCUUAUUGAACAGUCGUUACGGUAGCAGAACGGUUAAUACUACCGGACUUUACGGCAGAAACGACUGUGUUUUUUUUUUUCAGUGUAGUGUCAACAGAUAUAAAAAAGUGUCCAAGAAAUAAUUGAUUACUGUUGACGCAAUCUUUUUACUAGUAUUUAGUCAGAACUUCAGUUCUUUUACCUACAAAAAAAAAACGUUCUGUAUUAUAAUAUUCAAUGAUAUUGUUAGAUGGCAAUAAAUUAUGAAAAUGUCAAAUCUUAUUAAGAAUUCAUUAAUUCAUGUUUAUAAGUAUAAAGUUAAACAACAAUACAAUAAUUUCAUUGCGAGUUAUGUAAAAUUAUAAAAUUUAUCAAAAUCAAGUUAUCUGUUAGAAAUAAUUCCUAUAUGCAGAAUUCCAUGGAUGCUAGGAAUUUCACUUAUUUAAAUAUUUGUAUUUGUAUAAUAUAAAUACGUUAGGUUGAAUUGCUUGUAAAAAAUAAUUUUAACACUCCCCAAUCAUUCUCUCUGGUUUGCUGAUCCAACCAGGUCUCGCUGUGUACUUCUCCACGCACCUGGUUAAAUAUCAGUGUGGCCUUAUGUUAAUCAUUAAGCGAUAAAAAUAAUUAUCAUUGUGUAUAAUUAUAACUUUUCUUAUAAUUUUAGAGUGUGAAGAAAAAUGGCGAAGAUAAUAUUAAAUAAUGAAAUAGGAUAUAGAAAACAAA